GCUGUGUGGAAUAAACUCGCUCACUGCCAUCCUCAGGGGACGACCUACCUUCUUCGUUGUUCCAUUGCAAAGAAUCUUUUCCAGGGAUAAAAGAUGGAGCGAAGGAAAAGAAGCUUUACUUUUGGAGCAUAUGGAGGGAUAGACAAGUCUUUCAGUCGCUUGAGAAGUACACAGAAGCAUGAUGGAGGGGAGCACAACAUCUCCAAUUCAUUAGAGCCACCAAGCCCAGAACCACAGUCACUGUACUCAACACGGCCCAAUCACAAGAACACUGACUUCUUUGAAAUGAUUGAAAAGAUGCAGGGAUGCAGAAUGGAUGAACAGAGAUGCCCUCUUCCACCACCUCUUAAAACAGAAGAAGAUUAUAUUCCUUAUCCCAGUGUUCAUGAGGUCCUGCAGCGCGAGCCACCUUAUCCAAUCAUCCUCCUCCCUCAGUUUGGUGGCUACUGGAUCGAGGGGACAAACCAUGAUGUCACAAGUUCUCCUGAGACAGAGCAGGUUUCAUCUCCUCCUUCCAAGCUCAAGCUGGAAUGCAACACAAUAGCCAAAAUCUAUCGGAAACACUUCCUGGGAAAGGAACACUUUAAUUAUUACUGCAUUGACAAUGCCCUGGGCCACUUGGUGUUCUCCCUCAAGUAUGACAUUAUUGGCGACCAGGAGCACCUCCGCCUGCUGCUAAGAACCAAAUGCAAAACGUACCAGGACGUCAUCCCCAUCUCCUGCCUGAUUGAGUUCCCAAACGUGAUCCAAAUGGCAAAGCUUGUUUGUGAAGAUGUAAAUGUGGACCGUUUUUUCCCAGUUUUAUACCCUAAGGCCUCCCGGCUAAUUGUAACAUUUGACGAGCAUGUCAUCAGCAAUCAUUUCAAGUUCGGGGUUAUUUAUCAGAAACUCGGACAGACCUCAGAGGAAGAACUGUUCACCAACAAUGAAGAAAGCCCUGCCUUUGUGGAAUUUCUGCAACUGUUGGGGGAGAAAGUUGAGCUGCAGGACUUCAAAGGAUUUCGAGGGGGCCUUGAUGUUGCACAUGGCCAAACAGGAACAGAAUCAAUCUACUGUAGGUUCAGAAACAAAGAAAUAAUGUUCCAUGUCUCCACAAAGCUCCCAUACACAGAAGGGGAUGCACAGCAGCUUCAAAGAAAGCGACACAUAGGGAAUGAUAUAGUGGCCAUAGUCUUCCAGGAUGAAAACACCCCUUUUGUGCCAGAUAUGAUUGCGUCGAACUUCCUGCAUGCCUACGUUGUUGUACAGGUCCAGUAUCCCUGUAGUGACAACACACUGUACAAGGUCUCUGUCACUGCGAGAGAUGACGUGCCAUUUUUUGGCCCAACACUUCCCGACCCAGCCGUCUUUAAGAAGGGUCCUGAAUUUCAGGAGUUCUUGCUCACAAAGCUCAUUAAUGCAGAAUAUGCUUGCUACAAGGCAGAAAAGUUUGCUAAGUUAGAGGAGCGGACAAGGUCAGCCCUACUGGAGACCCUCUAUGAAGAGCUCCAUGUAAACAGCCAGGCCAUGAUGGGGCUCGUCAAUGAGGAUGAAAAGGUUGAGAAUGGAGGAAGUGGAGGAGGAGGAUUUUUUGAAUCCUUUAAGCGGGUGAUUAGAAGUCGAAGCCAAUCGAUGGAUGCCAUGGGUCUCAGCAGUAAGAAACAGAACACUGUCUCUUCGAGUCACAGUGGCAGUUUUACUCACACCACAGGAGAAACCAUCAAAGCCCCUGGCAUUUCAUUGCUUGUGCCCGGAAAAAGCCCAAGUAAGCAUGGACGUCGAGGCAGUGCUAUAGGCAUAGGAACAAUAGAAGAGUCCUUGAUUAUCCCCGGGAAGAGUCCAACAAGGAAAAAAUCCGGGCCUUUCAGCUCUCGACGCAGCAGUGCCAUCGGGAUAGAAAACAUUCAGGAGGUGGUGGAGAGAAGAGAGAGCACAUCAAGUACUCAGAAGACCCCAGACAGUGGUCAUAUAUCACAGGAACCAAAGUCUGAAAACUCGUCCAAUCAGAGUUCUCCCGAGAUGCCCACAACAAAGAACAGAGUAAUAAUAAACCAGAAGGCUCCAAGCGAAGGUGUUCAGGAUCUCUCCCGCUCGUCAUCAAAUGCCAGUAGUUUUGCAAGUGUUGUGGAGGAAAAUGAAGCACCUGAAGAUUAUGACACUGGGAUGGACAGUUUAUCCUCCAACGCAUCUCAUAAGCGGGAUUCCUUCACCUACAGCACAUGGUUGGAUGACAGCGCCAGUAACACCAGUGCACACAGUGCUGGGAGCUCUACAGGUGGACCUCGCCCUCUACUCCUGGACGCUAACAAGAUCGGUGAGUUACCCCGGCCCGAGAUCAAAAUUAAGCUUGAGAAAUCUGAACCACAGAAAUUCUGCCAGAGUUACCAAAAGAAACAUAAGCUAAUGGAGCUGAGGAAGAGCCGAAUGUUUGCCAGUAGUGAAGACGACACCUUGCUCUCUAAAGGAAGCCAUCAGAAACCAGGAUUGUAAAAACGAAGAGAGUUUAUUCAGAAUUUACAAAUAUAUUCUUGAACCGCAUUGCACUUUGAUUGAUGGAGAUUCAGUUUCAACUGCCUCUGUGUAGAAAAUGUUUGUGAUUAUCUGUGUCUUGUGUAUUUGUGUUAAUAUUGUCACUGGAUAAAGUCUAAAAGCACAAAUGGUAAAGUUAGUGGAGCACUGUCAAAACCUUUAAAACACUGCAUUAGGCUAUAUUUAUGGAAAUUGUCCCUGUGUUUGGGUUAUUGUUGCUAAAACUAGCUAAAUAUUACUGCUGAAUGAAAAAUGUGUAAAUAGGCU